AUGAUGCCUAAGGUAAGAUCUGUUUAUAGCCCCUGUGGUGCUAAAAUAAUAUCAAUCUGGGUUUCUGGUUUUGGUUCUUGGUUUUGGUUCAUUGUUUGUGUAAUAGGAAACCUCAGUGGUGAUUUCAUUGAGCGCGUCUUUAAUGGUCUGAUGACUUCAUUACCUAAAACUGUCCUCCACAUGGUUUGAUAAUAAUGACUGGUGCUUGACCUCUGAUCUUUGCCUGUGUGUGUGUGUGUGUGUGUGUGUGUGUGUGUGUGUGUGUGUGUGUGUGUGUGUGUGUGUGUGUGUGUGUGUGUGUGUGUGUGUGUGUGUGUGUGUGUGUGUGAGCAGCAGCUGGCUCAAACGUCUCCAGGGAGUGUGUUGUCCCUAAGAGGGACCAGCGUCCCAGGAUCCCCUGCCGCCGCCAUCGUGGUGAGUCCCACACACAGAUCGAGUUAUAUUAUCCUUCAGAUUAAUCUUGAGGCUGUAAUCUGUAAUCUCCGCCUGUCUGUCCCCUCCCCCUUCUCUGUCCAGGCCAGAGUGGAGGACGGGGUUAUUGGCUACAAGGACUUGGCUGCAUUACCGAGAGACAAAGCCAUCCUGGACAUAGAGAGACCGGACCUGAUGAUCUACCAGCCGCACUACAGCUACAGCCCUCUGGAGGUGAUCUUUGUUACUGUGUAACUCAUUCAUUCAUUCAUUUAUUCAUUCUUCCUGCCAAGUUCCUUUCAUUCUUUCAUUCUCCACCACAUGCAUUUAGACUUGAGAAACUUCCCUUUCUGAACUUGGUCAUGAAAUCUAAACGCGUAAAACUCCUGAAAUUUUCAGGUCACAGUCACUUCAAUUCAAACCUUCAUUUAUUCCCAAUAUAACAUCAGAGGUUUCCCUCAUUUCCUUAGUUUGAGAGUUGACCGUCAGAUUUUACCGAUCACCCUUAAAGCUUGUUUAGGUCUGAGCUACAUCACUGAAAUGCACAGUUUUUUUCACAGUCUUUCCUCUCGUUUUUUUUUUUUUUUUAACUGAGAUUGAAGUUUUUUCCUGCUGCUUUUGUUGAGCAAACUUGACCGCCGGACAGCCCUCAGCUCCUGCUGUUGUGACGUGUGGCGUUUAGGUGAAACCUCCUCCAGCUGUGUCAAGGCUGAGAAAGCGGUCUGAGUGCAGUGAGCUGGUGUCCAACACAGGCCUCAAAACAUCAAAAUAACGAUUAUCUAAAAGAGCUGAGCAGACAGAGGUCAAAAUAAAUUCAUUUUCCCCUCCGUCUAUCGGUCCAGAACAUGUAGGCGUGGCUUAGCAUGUGAUUGGUGGAACCAGAGGAGCAGUCAGUGUGUCAGCAGGCUGCUGGUCGACAGUCGGUUAGUUUUCUGGUUGGUUAGCUUGGCGCUGGGCUGCAGCACGACACAUGAGACCAGACAGCUCGUACCACAAUUAAGACCCACAGUGUGUGUGUGUGUGUGUGUGUGUGUGUGUGUGUGUGUGUGUGUGUGUGUGUGUGUGUGUGUGUGUGUGUGUGUGUGUGUGUGUGAGAGAGAGAGAGAGAGAGAGAGAAAGUGUGAUGAGUGUUGUUUACAUUCAGUUCAUUCUCAAUGUUUUGACAAAGAAGCACCUACUUCUUACAUUUCAGAAGUUUGAUCAAAAAUAACUGACUUUCUCUUUUUCUCUCCUCUCCUUGUCAGAGGUCCUUGUCUCCUCGCUCCAUCUCUCCUCCUCCCUCCCCGGAGGUAAGACUCUCUGCCUCACCCCCUCCUUUUUCUCUCUCUCUUCUUCUCUCUCUGCAGCUUAGAGAGAAAUGUGUUGGUGACCUUUUUCUCGUUUUAAAAAGUAUUUUAAGUUUACUGCAUGUGUUUCCAGAAGGAGUCCCGGGAGUGGCUAGAGAACCGAUCUCCUGGAGGUUCCUCCCCUUGUUCCACCAUCCAGACCAGCAGAACACACAGCUCACACACACCGUCCACACCUCACACACCCAACACACCAAACAUACCACAAACACAGUCCUCUGGUAGCAAGGGCACCGUGCAGCACUUCCACAGGCCUGGUAACAACUCUUCCUCUUUAAUUUAUGACUUUUCCUCUAUUAAACGUACUUACAUUGAAUUAUGAAUCAAUAGAAAUGAUUAAAUCUGAUCAUACAGAAAUUCAGUGUGUUAUUUUGGGAAUUUUACCAUCAUAUAACUCAGAUAGUGUUGUUUUUAAAGUAUGAAAAAUCUCGCAUUAAACUCGCCCACUAACACUGCUGUUUUCCAUCUUUUCAGAAAAUGGCAGCAACAUUUAUAAGAAGCCGCCGAUCUACAAACAAGGUUUGUUACUCUGACAUAAAAACAAAAUGGGUUUAAAUCAGGUGAUUAAGGUCUAAUGUGUCCAAGUAUCUUGGUAAACACUAAAAAAAAAAGAAUCCUAGCAAUUUUAUUUGUCAGACUUCUACUCAAACGUUGUUAUCAGACACACUAUAACUCAGAUUCACUUUACCCCCAAUUUCCACCGCAUCCACUACGGCUACGAAAAGGCCGUAUCCGCUGAUCGUAGCUGAUCAUAACCAUUUAAGUGGAAGUGUCAAUUUCCCCCGCCUUCUUUCCGUUCCGCUGCGGAUCGCCGGACUUCACAGCUGGGGCCUGUUCUACGAAGAAAGUUCAACCUAGCCUUGGAGCUACCUCGCUCAACUUAGCACGGUAGCCAGCAGUCUCGCUAAACGGUCUUACGACGCUGGUUAUCAACCUCGUAAGUUGAUCCAGCUUUGCUAUGAGAGCGUGCACACAUGUAAGGUGGAGCCCACCGCAUCUGACCUAGCGUACAUGGACCGGCCUGGAGCGUCAGAGUCGGCCGGAGAGCGAAUGACCUCAUACUUUACAAACAAGGAGCAGGAGACGAUCAUGAGAAAGUAUGAAGAAUUCAAAUCUAUCAUAAACCUCAAAAGCAACACCGUCGCCGCUGCAAAAGCACGAAAGGAAUGCUGGCAGAAAUAUAAUCUUUGAUGCCAUUAUCACCCUGAAAUAGCACUGUUCAACAUGCACUUUUAACUAAGGUGACAGUCCCCGAAUUGGAUGACCUGUCCCCGGCUAAAGCUGUCCCCGAAAAUGUCCCCAAUUUAAGUGUUUAAUGAAUGAGAACAAAAAUGUUGCAUGUAGGCAAGAACAACGGUUGUUACAGUGGGUAGGAAGCAGAAGUAAGCAGUCCUGAACAACAGUAUUUACGGGGGUUAUUAUAAGGGGCGUGCGCUGCUACUAAAUAGUACUUAGACGUUGUCUGUGAUCACACAGCCCCUGCAGCUCAUGCCCAUUCAUUUCCAAGAUGAAUUCAUUCAUUUGUUCAUUCCUAUCGUGUUUACAUGUUUUGUGUGAUAUGUAGGCCAUAUGAGCCUUUCAUAAAGGUGGUCAUCUGGAAAAGGAAGUGGGUCCGUGCGGUCCCUGAAAACUCUCGCGUGCUCCUCAGACAAUGCGAGCACUGAGGUCUAUAGGAUCCUCCAAGAAUGGACAAGCCAUUUUUCGAGAGAGUGGGCGGGGUUUUUAUACUCCGUGAGUUCAAUCUGGAACCUAACCUGCCCUGGAGCAGGUUAGCCGUUCACCAUUUGUUGCCAUGGAGACCCGCCUCGCUAAGAAGUGAACCUGCGUCAUAGAACAGGAAACCCCAAACUUACCAUCAAAGUUACCUCGCGAAGCAGUAAUCCUGCUUCAUAGAACAGGCCCCUGAUCACAAGAGUUGGAUGCUCCAGAUGCUGGAGCAUGCCGGAUAAACUCAGCACACCUUAACCCGUGCUGGAAAGGAAGUCAGGCAGAGACACAAAUAAAACGUCUAGCUUCUUUUCAAAAUAAAACACUCUGUGUUUCAGGCGGAUCGUAUUUCACACCAUGCGAAUCCGGCUGUCUGAAAUCUGCCACAAAAUUUUCCUCACAACAGAUCCGGUAGGAAUUGGCAGACAGCAAAAAUUGCCGCUGUUCCGAAUUGGAGCUGUUCCAGAUGCAAUGAAAAUUGGGGGUAACCCCCAAUUGAAUAACGCAGAUCUGGAACAGCUCUGAUCUGGAUCGACAAUGAUUUUCACCGCCAAUUCCUACUGGAUCCGUUUUUGAGGCGAAUUUCGGGGCAGAUUACGGACAGCAGGAAUCACCAGAACUCACAAGAACCCACGGAUACAUGUGCAAUUGAGUUGUCUUUUAGCCACAGAGGCUAACCACAAAAGCAGAAGAUUGUGUCCUUCCAGAGGAGGAAAGCUACUUGUAGACUUAUAAAAUCAGCAUCUCCUCAUCCAUGGUGUCAUCGGGGUGAAAUGCUGUCUGAAAACCUCUCACUUGUUUGUCUCCGCCCGUUUGCAUGGUAUGAAAUACGAUCCGCCUGAAACACAAAGUGUUUUAUUUUGAAAAGAAGCCGGAUGUUUUAUUUUGUGUCUGUGCCCCGACUUCCUUUCCAGCACAGGUUAAUCUGUGCUGAAUUUACCUGAUUUGUUCCAGCAUCUGGAAAAAAAAGAAAUCUUGCGAUCAGCUGCGGAGUCCGGCGAUCCGCAGCGGAACGGAAAGAAGCCGGUAGAAAUUACACAUUAACUUGAAUGGUUACUAUCAGAUACAAUCGGCAGAUACGGCCUUUUCAUAGUCGUUCCGGAUGCAGUGGAAAUUAGGGGUAAGGCAGCAUCAGUCAGUUUCAUCUGUUGAGAUACUGUUGCCAUAAGUAAGGCCUGAAUUAUUAUUUUGUAAUGAAUUUCAAAAAAUGUGCCAAUGGAUUAAAAUAGAGCUUUUAUUUCAAAACCUGACAGGUAGAUUUGUAUCAUGUAGUCUCAAUGCAGUCCUUAUUUUGACAUGUAAUAUUUUGAAAUAAGUCCUUGUUCUGAGCUUGUUGGCUGAAUUUGUCUUCAAUAACACCCAAUCAGACGAUUCUACAUGAAACAGGGUAAGAUUUGAGGUUUCUGUAGUAACAGGUCCUAAAGGUAUCCAGAAACCAACUCCCUGAUUGUCUCAGUAAAGGGCAGCUACUGUGGCAAAGUGGACCAUUUAUAAGUCUAGCAAUGAUGCACUAGUCAGCCACUGUAUUAUGCUGAGUGGAGUAUUAAAGACUUUAGUAGGUGAUAUAUAUUUAUACGCCCUCAACAGGAUUCAACAACAAAGAAGAGCUGAUUUUCUCUGUAAACAUGCAAUUAAACCAAGCAGAUGUAUGCCGACAGCACGCCAACUCAGCACAUUAACACCACAUUUAAACAAUAACUACCAGGAGUGCAUUUAGAUACUGAUGUUAGUGUUGAUGUCCACAUAAACACACUGAGAGGAAUACUGCAUCUAUCUUUCUUUCUUCUUUAACUGGCUAAUAUUUUUUACUUAGUACAACCAAUGAAGUCCUUAUUUUUUUACACAAAGACUUAUCAAGUCACUGGGCUUUCAGAAACAGCUCCUGUUUCUUUGCAGUGGAUCUGAAUAAAUCUGGAUGUCGGUCAGCUGGAACCCCCAUCCAUCUAAACUACAGACAUGACUUCACUGCCUUUAAUCAGCUUAAACAUACUGUGUGUGUGUGUGUGUGUGUGUGUGUGUGUGUGUGUGUGUGUGUGUGUGUGUGUGUGUGUGUGUGUGUGUGUGUGUGUGUGUGUGUGUGUGUGUGUGCGCGCAGAUGUAUCAUCCCCACAGGUCCCUCAGGGGAAACACAUUGAGGAUCUGAUCAUUGAAUCCUCCAAAUUUCCAGCAGCUCAGCCUCCAGACCCGAACCUGCCCUCCAAGAUAGAGACAGACUACUGGCCCUGCCCCCCCUCACUGGCUGUGAUUGGUAUGGUCCGACCAUCUCACACAAAUGCACGCACGCACACACAGAUCACAAUGCUGUAUUUAAAUGUGUGAACAAGGAUAGGAUUGUUGUGCUUUCUUUACUUCUUUGUUUCCUUUGCUUUUUUUGCUUUUUCUCUCACCUCCUGUCCUCUCUCCUUGUGUCCUUUCCUCCCUGUAGAGAAAGAGUGGAGGAAGAAGGAGCAGAGGGAAGAGGAUGAGGAGGAGGAGGAUGGAGAACUGGAUGAUGAGUUGUGGGGACUCAGGGCUCUGCAGAAACAAGAACUUAACAAGGUGAGGAGGAGGACGGGUUCACCUGCAGCAGGUGGACGGGUGUGAUGGAGGUCGUAAUCAGAGACAGCUGUUCCUACAGAUGCUUCUAAAAAGAUUUUACACCAGUUAUUUUAGAGCGAGAUGUUCCACCAGGUGUUUCAUCAAACUUUUAGCCCCAGGUGUCUCACCAGGUAUGAACUCUGUUCUUAUUUCAUAGUGACUCAAAUGUUUUCAUUCUCUUAACAGAUUCAGUCCAACCUGGGAAAAAUCAUCCUGAAAGAGGAGCUGGAGAAAUCUUCAGCUCCUCUGAGGAGGAAAACUCGGUCACUGCCGGAUCGCAGCCAGAACACAGGUACACUUAAACCCUCACCUGUACUGUUAUAUAAGUCAACCCAGAUCCCUGCAUACUUCAGGGUUUUUUCACUGAAGCUUCAGUCCAGUCCAGCACUGUUUUAGUUUGAAAGCCCCCCCCCCCCAAAAAAAAAACUGCCAUUUCAAGACAGAAGAGGGAAAAAAAACACAAAUGCAGAGCUCUGGCGACACCUAGUGGUCAGGAUGAUCACUGCAUACAGAAACAGAGACGUAUUAAAUGCAUCUUUUCACAGUAAUGAAAGUUACCUUAUACUGAAUUUUUUUUGUCUGCAUUUCUAGAAAUAACCUAAAAACUGUUUCUUUAAGAGAUUAAACGGUGAAUGAGUAAUUUUUCCUGUAACUUUAAGGUUGAAUAUUUCACAAGCUGUCGGAUUCACAGUUAUCACCUGCGGCUCUUUUCUGUCCUCUUAUAAACUUUCAGGUUUUGACCCCUUGGAUUAAACUUUUUUUUCCUCCUCUGCAGGGUCCAAUGCCUCCAAGUCUGUGUAUUUCCCAGCAUCCUCUAAGAGCGGCCUGUCCAGGGUGAGUACUCCUAACUGAAUCGUCCAAUCGCAGCAGAGACGAACAAAUCAGGAGACAAACAUGUUUGUGUUUGUUUGCAGCUUCAGUCGGCAGAGUUCAGCCCGUCAGAAAAACCUCCUGCAGGUACAUUUGGACCUGUUAACACCUUUUAAGUCCAUCUGCUAUUUUAAUGACUGGAACUUGAAUUUGAAAGUACUUUGAACCUUUUCUCAUCACUUGGUUAAUAACUUUUUCUUUCUUUCUCUCUUUGCAGAUCUUCAGGUAAAGUCAGAUCGACUCAUGCUCUAACAUUGUGAAUCAGUAUUUUUGUGUGUAGCUAUAAUUGAGUAACUUUAAAAGGGUGAUUAUGUUUUUUCCCCACAGAAUGGAGACUCCAGGAUGGACAGAGGAAACUCUCUCCCCAGCAUGUUGGAACAAAAAGUAACAACAGUGUGUUUGUUUUUAUUGUUAAAAUCACUACAAUAUUUGAAGUUUUGAUGAAUUUGAACAUCUUAGCUUAUUUUCUUCUAUAUUACAUGUGAACUGCACUUUUAAUUUUUGCAAGAAAUAACUGACAUCAGCUUUUAUUCUGCUUAGAAGCACUGAAUCAAACACUGGGUAAAUCAUCAGUGAGAAUGCGUUCAUCCUGAUUGAUCAAUCAGUUGUUCUCUGUAGAUCUACCCCUAUGAGACGCUGGUGGUGACCCACAGAGGGCGGAGUAAACUGCCUCCAGGUGUGGACAGAACCAGACUGGAGGUAAGAUCUUCCACUCACUUUGAACUAAAACAGGACUUUUAAAUAAAACCCGAACUAAGACCCUUAAUAAGAGUCAGGGCCUGUUGAUAAAUGUUUAUAGAAGCAGAAUUUGAUGGUUUGCAAAUUAAAUUAAAGACUUCAUUUAAUUAAAAAGAGUGCAGAGAUGACAAAUCAGAGUUAAACUGAAAAAUUGUAUUGCUUUGUGGGGAAGAUGGAAAAAAAAUUUCAUGAUGUGAGAGACUGUGUGAGAGAACAGUUCAGCAGGUUGGGUUUGUUGUUUUUGAGCUUUUUGUCUUCUCCAUGAUUCUGAUGUCUUGAGGUCUCUGUGUUGAUUUUAUUUUAUGUUUAUAGUGAUUUCAUCAGAACAUAGUAUCAUUCAAAGAUUCAGAGAAUCUAGAGGAAUCUCUGUACUAAAGGGACAAGGACCAAAACCAAGACUGGAUGGUUCUGGUCUUCAGGCCCUUGGACAUCACUACAUUAAAAGCAGACUGGACUCUGGAGUGAAAUCACUGCAUGGGCUCAAGAUCACUUCAAAAACCAUUGACUGUGAACACAGUUCAUCACUGCAUCCACAAAUGAGGUUCAAACUGAACCAUGAAAAGAGGAAACCAGAUAGAGACAGGAUCCAGCAACACCAGAGACUUCUCUAGACCUGAGUCCAUUUAAGGUGGACUGAGGCAAGCUUGAAAACAGUCACAACACAAGUGUAGAAAAGGUUCAGGGGUUUCCAGUUUAACGUACAACCAGUUAGCCUCUUGUUAACUUGUUUGUUGUUUUGGUCUGUGACAGAUUAAAUGAACCAGGGAGGAGGUCUAACCAUAAUCAGCUGAGAUAGUUUGGUCAUGAGUUGAUUCUUACACAGUGUUUCUAAUCUGGGACAAAGCCGUCCAAUUAAAUCCCCUAAUAGUGCUUUAACUGUAGCUGGACUUGACCGUGCAUGUUAACGUACUGAUUUAAAACUCAGUAAAUAAAGGUUGACGUUUCUCUCUCUCCCUGUUUCCUCUACACCUGCAGAGACACCUGUCUCAGGAGGAGUUCUUAAGUGUUUUCGGGAUGUCCAUUGAGGAGUUCGACCACCUCUCCAACUGGAAGAGAAACGACCUAAAGAGGAAAGUCUGUCUCUUCUGA